AUGGAUAACGUGAUAUCGAACAUGGCAGAGAAUAUACUUCUGAUGAUGACACUUACGAAAAUAACAGUCGCUAGAGUAAAUCGAAAAGCAUUGAGUAAAUUACUUGCUGAAAUCAAGGACUGUUCACUUAAUGAGAAAUAUGAAACUAAAGAGGAGAAAUUGGCAUUUUUGAAUUAUACUAAAUUACCUUUAUAUUUUAUUAUAAUAAUUGCCUCUUCAAUGACAAUAGUCGAAAUAUUAUAUUACUUGAGUGGACUUACAUAUGGAAUUCAAAGUGCAAAGGAAAACGAUUCCAUGGGUUAUCAAUUGCCGUACAGAACAUUACAUAUCGCCGAUUUAAGUGACACCAGAAUUUAUGCUUUGAUCUGUGCUUAUCAAACAAUAAUCAUACCUAGUGUACUAUUCGGUUACGUAGGAUUCGAUUGCAUGUUUGUCAAUUUGUCUGUUCAAGUAAUUGCACAGUUUGCUGUAUUGUCUUAUAAGGUCAAGGCACUGUUAAAUAAUUCUGAAAAUUAUUAUGAAGGUAUGAAGGAAAUUGUUCGACGACAUUAUCAAUUGAUAAGAUUGACAGAAGCAUUGGAAAAUAACUUUAAUUACCUGAUUUUGCAGCAACUAUUGGGUACCACCGUUCAUAUCUGUAUUUGCGGUUACCAUCUACUUAUGACUAAAGAAAUGGCUGAUAAUAUGACAUUGAUCUUAUUCUUUUUGUAUGUCUCUUGUGUGAUAACGACACUUUUUAUUUACUGUUUCAUCGGCGAAUGUUUUAUACAGGAAAGUACGAAAUUUGGUAAUGCCAUUUACAAUUAUGAGUGGUAUGACUUACCGGCAAUUGAAUCGAAGUUUUUUCUUAUUUGUAUGGCACGAACGAAAAAGCCGCAAUAUCUAACGUCUGGUAAAUUUGCCGUCUUAUCCUUGACCAUCUUCACAGAUAUCGUCAAAACUUCGAUGGGAUAUUUAUCGGUAAUACGAACAUUUGUGUGA